GGGAACCCAGCGCACCCAAACUGGAAGGUCACAUGGGAGAAGAUGGCAACUCCAUUAAAGUGAAUGUUAUCAAGCAGGAUGAUGGUGGCUCCCCUAUCAGGCAUUACCUGAUCAAAUACAAAGCUAAGCAUUCCUCAGAGUGGAAACCAGAAAUCAGACUUCCCUCUGGCAGCGACCACGUCAUGCUCAAGUCCUUGGACUGGAACGCAGAGUACGAGGUUUACGUCAUCGCGGAAAACCAGCAAGGGAAGUCCAAGCCAGCCCGCUACGCCUUCCGGACCUCUGCUCAGCCCACGGUCAUCCCAGCCAGCACUAGCCCUACGUCAGGCCUGGGGACUGCUGCCAUCAUAGGCAUUCUCAUCGUUAUCUUUGUGCUGCUCCUGGUGGCUGUGGAUGUCACCUGCUACUUCCUGAACAAGUGUGGCCUGCUGAUGUGCAUUGCUGUCAACUUAUGUGGCAAAUCCGGCCCAGGAGCCAAGGGCAAAGACAUGGAGGAGGGCAAAGCUGCCUUCUCGAAAGAUGAGUCCAAGGAGCCUAUUGUGGAGGUGCGGACGGAAGAGGAGCGGACCCCCAACCACGAUGGGGGAAAGCACACAGAGCCCAACGAGACCACCCCGCUGACAGAGCCAGAGCACCCCACCGACACUGCAGCCACUGUUGAGGACAUGCUGCCUUCUGUAACUACGGGCACCACUAACUCUGACACUAUCACUGAAACCUUUGCCACUGCUCAGAACAGCCCCACCAGCGAGACCACUACUCUGACCUCCAGUAUUGCCCUGCCAGCCACAGCCACCCCUGACUCAAACUCCGUGUCGCCUGGCCAGGCUACUCCAGCCAAAGGGGCAGCCCCCUCAGUCUCUUCACCACCACCCUCCUCCACCCCCAAAGUGGCCCCCCUUGUUGAUCUCAGUGAUACCCCAAGCUCUGCUCCAGCUGCUAAUAAUUUGUCUUCAAGUGUCCUGUCCAGCCAAGGUGCAGUGCUCAGCCCCAGCGCUGUUGCUGGUGUGGCUGAGGCCUCCAAAGCAGCAGUGGGUAACAAACCAGCUGCCCCGAGCCCCGCAAACCUUGCUAGCCCUCCAGCUCCAUCAGAGCCCAAGCAGGAGGUCUCCAGCACCAAGAGCCCCGAGAAGGAAGCUGUGCAGCCCAGCACAGUGAAGAGCCCAACAGAGCCAACCAAGAACCUAAGCAAUCUGAAGAGUGAAGCUGCUUCAGGCAGCGCCACAAACCCCUCCCAGAAUGAGGACUUUAAAAUGGACGAAGGGACUUUCAAGACACCAGACAUUGACCUUGCAAAGGAUGUUUUUGCAGCUCUUGGCACUACUACUCCUGCCAAUGUGGCUAGUGGGCAAACUCGAGAGCUUGCUUCUUCCACUGCAGACAGCUCUGUACCUGCUGCACCUGCAAAGACCGAGAAAAUCCCAGUAGAAGACAAAUCUGAAGUGCAAGCAACGGAAACCAAGACACCUCCAGCAGAAGUCAAGACGGUCCCCAAUGAAGCCACACAAACAAAUGAGAAUGAGAGCAAAGCAUGAUCAGUGACAGAUGACAGCAAAUGACAGAACAACUUCACCCAAG